CGAACAAUGACAUUUCGGCAAGCAAGAAAUUACCUGUCACCCGGCCACAGGGCUUACGAAUGCAAAUAAUUAGCGAUUCAGACCACUAUCAUGAGUAUUUCACCUCAAGAACCGAGGUGCCGAACAAUGAGCAUUAUUUGGAAAAGCCACCAAAAUUUCUACAGAAAGCCACCAAGGAUAAUUUUAUGUAUGAAGGUCAUUUUCAUGAGGCCGUGGGCAAAAUUCUUCUGAUCGCCCAAUGUUUUGCCAUGAUGCCAGUACGUGGUGUUACAAUGUCACAUCCUCGCUAUCUGUCCUUCUCCUGGACUCAUAUUCGGACAAUUUUCUGUAUGAUUUUUAUCACCUGCAGUACCGUGGACACUUUUAUAGCCAUCUAUAAGGUACUGAAUGGACCGAUAACAUUUAAUAAUAUUGAACCAAUGAUUUUUCGCAUUACCAUUCUAAUUGUUUGUGUGUGUGCUCUACAUUUGGCCCGCCAAUGGCCGGAACUAAUUGUCCAUUGGUAUAACCUGGAGCAGCAGCUACCGCCAUACCCCUCGCAAAAGGAUAAACGCCGCAUGGCUGAUAAAAUUCGUAUGGUGUUCUUUGUCGGAAUGAUGUUGUCGUUGGCCGAACAUUUGCUAAGUGUAACCCAGGCCAUUUAUUAUGCGGCGCGUUGUGGAGCCACCAGUGACCCGGUAAAAAAUUUCCUACUCAUUGCCAGCGAUCAUUUGUUCUAUAUUUUCCCCUAUUCCUAUUGGCUGGGUUGGUAUGGCAAGCUGUUGAAUGUGAUGUCAACAUUUAUAUGGAACUACAUGGAUAUAUUUGUGAUGAUAAUGAGUAUCGGUCUGACCCAUAUGUUUAAACGGGUCAAUGAAAAUUUGGAAAAAUUCAAGAAUAAGCAAAUGCCGGCUGUGUUUUGGGCUGAGCGUCGUGUUCAAUAUCGUAACGUGUGCAUCCUUUGCGAAAAAGUGGAUAAUGCCAUAUCGAUGAUUACCAUGGUGUCCUUUUCAAAUAAUUUAUAUUUUAUUUGUGUGCAAUUGCUGAAGAGUUCGAACAAUAUGCCCUCGGCCGUUAGCGUGGUAUAUUUCUAUUUCUCUUUGAUAUUUUUAUUCUUACGCUCGCUGGCUGUGUCCCUUUAUGCGGCAGCUAUUUACGAUGAAUCACGUAAACCAUUGCGGGUGCUGCGUUCGGUACCCAAGGAAUCUUGGUGUCUGGAAGUCAAAAGAUUUGCAGCUGAAAUUAGCAGUGAUUUGGUGGCAUUGAGUGGCAUGAAAUUCUUUCAUUUGACAAGAAAAUUGGUUCUGAGUGUGGCCGGUACAAUUGUCACCUAUGAAUUGGUGUUAAUACAAUUUUACGAACGAACCAAUCUUAAAUAUUAUAUAUAUAUAUAUAUAUCAUAUAUAUUAUCUGUUCUUUAUAAGUCAUUAAACACCAAACAGAAUUAA